CUAACAAGCUGGGUCAGGAGUUCCGCCUUUGUUAAGAUUAUGCUCAUUUUUGAGGAAUUUUAUUCCACAAUGUGAUAAAUUCCUCAAUACCGCUACAAACCAGUAUCAUGUACAUUUUGUAGGUGUGCCUAAUAUUGUGGCCAGUGUGUGUGUGCGUGUAUAUAUAUAUACGUCCGCCAUGUGUGUGUAUCGUGUAACUGCUUUUUACCACUCUUAACAAUCCUUAUACGUCAUAUUUACGUGCCCGGCAGCAGUAAAUGAAAGCUUACGUGCGCGCACACGUUUUGCCUCCGAAGCAGAGCUCACCAGGGCGCAUGCAUGUGUCACUAAACGCCUCUGUGUUCGGCCACCUCCGGCCAGCAGAGGGCGCCGCGCACACAGGCCCGCCUUGACUGCGACUCUAAUUAAAACAAAACAAAACACAAUGUAACUGACGACAAGUUGAGUUGGAUAUUUGACAGACAUUUUUUUUCGUAGUUUUGGAUAUUUUUUUGGGCUGUUGUAAGACUAAGUUCUAAGAUGGUCGCUACCUGGGUGGAGAUAUUAGUGUCUGACACUCUUGACAAGUGGGCAACAAACUAACAGGUGUCCUCCUACUCCUCCUUUUUCUCCUCCUCCUCCUCCUACUGCUGCUUUGCUAGCUCCACGGCGUUGCCGGGGGACUUGCUUGUCCUGUCCGAGACACACUCACACUCACAUACUCAUUCAACUCAGACGUUUCUUCACCUCAUCUGAGCUCCUAAAGACUUUAUUUUUUAUUUUUUUUUUUACAAGAAAAAAAAAAGUCCACAGCAAGAAGAUGCAUUCAGCACAGAAAGACACCACUUUCACUAAGAUCUUCGUGGGAGGUCUGCCUUACCAUACCACGGAUUCGAGUCUCAGGAAGUACUUUGAGGUGUUUGGGGACAUCGAGGAGGCUGUAGUCAUCACAGACCGCCAGACUGGGAAGUCCAGGGGUUAUGGAUUUGUGACUAUGGCAGACCGGGCCUCUGCUGACCGAGCCUGCAAAGACCCCAACCCUAUUAUCGAUGGCAGGAAAGCCAAUGUGAACCUGGCCUACCUUGGAGCCAAGCCCAGGGUCAUACAGCCAGGCUUUGCAUUCGGCGUGCCUCAGAUCCACCCAGCAUUCAUUCAAAGGCCGUAUGGGAUCCCGGCUCACUAUGUCUACCCUCAGGCUUUUGUGCAACCCAGUGUGGUGAUCCCUCACGUACAGCCGUCGUCCGCCUCGGCGGCAACAGCUGCCGCAGCCGCCGCCACCUCACCUUACCUUGACUACACCGGAGCGGCGUACGCUCAGUACUCCGCGGCGGCCACUGCCGCCGCUGCAGCUGCCGCCGCCUACGAACAGUAUCCGUACGCGGCUUCCCCGGCGCCGACGGGCUACAUGACCACAGCCGGCUACGGCUACACGGUCCAGCAGCCGCUCGCCACUGCCGCCACCCCUGGUGCCGCCGCCGCUGCGGCCUUCAGCCAGUACCAGCCUCAGCAACUCCAAACAGAUCGCAUGCAGUAAACUAUAUAUAUAUAUAUAUAUAUACCUCAAAGGAGCCACACAGGUCACAGGAAGUUACUAUAAAAGGCGGAAGAAUCGAGAAUGAAGGUUUUCAGCACCAGCUUUUAACUUGAAAAGUGAAGAAUGUCACCAAAAGUGCAAAUACUGUAUUUUAUUUUAAUUAGAUCAGUAUUUUUUCCCCCCAAAUAUUUAAUAUUUAUACACCACAAAAAAUAUUUACAAACAGGAUUUCAGUGUAUUUUGUAUACUAUAUGAUAUAUUCCCAAAGUGCAUUCAUGUCUUAUGAGGUGUCUUCCCCGACUACUACUAGUAUACCAAAAUAUGCAUCAUGUGCAUUUUGUUCAGUAUUUCACAGUUUUUGGACCAGUAUUUGUAUCCAGUGAAUCUAUGCAGACUACAGCCCUUCUCUAGUUAAAAAAAAAACAAAAAAAACAUGUCUUCACAGCAAAUGAGACAAACUAUUGAGACUGAAGCUGAGGGGGUGUAAAGCACUGGCCUUCCUCAUUUAAAUGCUCCUCAAAAGCAAGCUCAGCAAAAAAAAAAAAAAAAAGUCGAAUGUGAAUCUUUUUGUUUUGUUUUCCGAAUGUGCCUUUUUAAAUUAUUUACUAUUUAUUAUUAUGGAAGCUUACAAUAAAAAACCCUUUCUUUUUGUGUUUGUGUGUUUAGUUAGUUCCACUGCAACGUUCAUACUGUGGAUGUUAAAAAAAGAAAACGCUACAAUUUGUAUAAAGAAUACGAGAGGAAAGCUAGCAAUAACUUUAUUAUAUUUGUCUUGUGGACUCUUAAAUGUACCUUUUUUUAUACUUUACCAGUUUGAUAAAGCAAAAAGAAUGUUAUUUUUUUUCCAACCGUUUGAUGGCAUCUGAUGUUGAAUGUGAAAUGCAAGGGUUGAUUUUGCUUUGCAUUUUCUAAUGCAUGACUAAAACAUGAGUAGGAUGUGAAAUAAAAGGAAAUGUACAAACAAAACCUU